GCUUCCCUCUGGCUUGUUCCUUCGGUGGGUGGGGUCGAAAGGGCUGGGUUCACUUAGUCACCGUCUUACUUCCCUGCCCUGGAAGUCCAGCCCCUCCCUUCCGGCCAUAAUCAAUCCAUCGCCCCCAAGCCGCCCCUACAGUGUGACCCGUAACCGGAGCUGGUGCGCGGAAGCUCCGCCCCGCUACUACCGCAGCCAACUCCGACAUCCGGGGCUUACGCCACAGCCCCUCCCACCCGCAGCUUUCUCAGUGCGGCACCCUCUCAGUGCGGCCCUGGGCGGGGUUUCAGACGCCUCACGUCCACUUCCCGGGGGCAGUAACCGAGGUCGCCCUAGGGGGGAGAGGGGAGUCCCUCGCUCCAGGACACAGAAACUGGCAUCCCUACCAGGGUUGUGGUGGCUCCUGCCCUUGAUCUCGGCCCCCGUGCCGAAUCCCCGGGAGCUCGCGCCCAUUCUUGUCCAUACGCCCCGUCCCCGGGCCCCCACCCUCCGCCCCAUCCCUGUCCCUAGAAUGUCCAACCUGCCGAGGGUCGUCCUGAAACCCCCCGAGGACGUUUCAGGCAGCGCCGCCCCGCCAUGUAUUGCAGGCUGCAUGUACCAAGUAGUUCAGACGACUGGCCUGGAUGGAAAAAAUCUUCUGAAAUUGCUUCCAAUUCCCAAUUCCUCUGGAAAUCUUAUGCCACUAGUUCAAUCUUCAGUCACAUCUGAUACUUCAAAUGGGAAUAUAUCAAAUCCAGUUCAUGUUACUAUUCAGACUCAACUUGCUAGCUCUCCUGCAAAUGCAUCCAUUCAAUUUCCUGUUUUUCAGACAACCAAUUCUGGAAAUUAUAUCCUUUCAAGAGCAGUUGAUAAAUCUGAAAAUGUUAGAGUAGCUUCUGUGGGGAAAGAAAGUUUGACUUCUUCAUGUUCAACAGUUCAGAAUAAUGCUAUGAAAGUUGAAAGACUGGCCUUGCAAAAAAUUGCCGUUUCUCCUGCAACUCCUCAAAGUGAUACAACAUACAUGUUAGUAAAUACUAAGAACCUGCCAGUGACUGUAAAGUCUCCUGUAUUACCUUAUGGGCACCAUUUACAGAUUCCAGCUAAUGCUGAAGUAAAAUCUGUACCAGCAUCAUCUUUGCCACCUCCAAUUCAGCAGAAGAUACUUGCAGCUGCAGCUACAAAUACCUCAGGAACAACAGAAGCUUCAAAAGUACCAACUGUUAUUUAUGUGUCUCCAGUAAAUACAGUAAAAUCUGUAGUUUCUAAGACCUAUAAAAAUAUUUGUCCCAAGCCUCCAAAUCCUACAGAACCUGCAAAGUCCAUGGUUCUAAACACUUCACAAACAUCAGUAAAAAAUCCUGGUACAGAUGUAUCUAAUAAUGAAGGCCAGCAAUCUCGAGAUGCACCAAUGAAAUGGGUUGUACGAGAAAAUCCACAGUCUACCCCAUGUCUUGUUCCUGUCAAGUCUUCAAACAACAUGGCUUCAAAGAUCUUAAAAACAUUGAUGGAUAUGAAGAAUGUUGAAACUGGUUCUCUGAAUAUGUCAUCAUUAUGUUCAAGCACUUCAAGUGGGACUCAAGCAAAAAUUACUCCCAUUAAAGAUAAUGCUUUGGUUAUGUUUAAUGGGAAAGUCUAUCUCUUGGCUAAGAAGGGGUCAGAAGUUUUGCCAUCACAAACUGAUCAACAGAAUUCUGCUGCUCCUGAUGCUUCACCAAGAAAAGACACAUCACAGAUAUCUAAUUCCAGUUCAAUCACUAAUGAGGUUGUAAAUAUUGUCUUGGCAAAAAAUAAGACUGCCCCCCAGAAGGAGACAAAGUUACUUUCGGAUACACAACUUGCUUCUGAACCUGCUCCAAAUCUAGAGAAAAAUAAUAAAGUGGAGUGUGCUUCUCUUUCUGCCCUGAACCCACAGCAUGCUAAGCAGCCCAUUAGCCAUGUAGAGCAGUGUAAUACUGUGCCCAUAAAACUAAACUUACCAGAUGUGAUCAGUCCUGUACAGAAUGCCAUAAAAGAGACGAGUAUCAACCACACGAAAGAGGCAGGUUCUGCUGAUGAUCCAACCAUUACAUCCCAACACUGUGUUCCCACACAUCAAGAACCAAAGAACCAGGGUGAGAUGGCACUUGUUUUGGAGACACAUUUUCAAAGCAGAAGUCAAAAGGAAUCAUGUCGGAGGGAGUAUGCUGAAUUAAGAAAGAAAUUUGGUAUCACAAAAGAUUUGAAAGUGAACCUUACCCGAAUUCUUGCAUUUGACUCCACAACAAGUUUAUAUUCCCCUAGCAGUUUGACAAACAGUGUUUCUUCUAAAGAGUCAGAGAUUAUUGUGGAUCUAACAACUGGGAACGAUGAAGAGAGCCAGGAGCUUAUAUUACAACAGGACUUGGAUAAGAAAAGAAAAGCAAAAACUGUGAUUAUGGAGGACAAUACCAAGAAGAAGAAAUCUGGGAAUGAUGGGAGCACAUCUGGGCUCAUAGGAACUGAUAGCACCAGUCCUCAAAUUCUUAACAGUAUUUCACCUGACUCAGCUUUAUCACUACAUAGUAGUAACCUCAUUGGUUACACCAAGUUUAGUGAAGAGAAUUCUUCUGAGCUAGAACUACCUAAUCAAGAUGGUCUUGACAGAAGUACAGAUAGUCCGGCAUCUGCUUCUUUUGAACAAGACCCUCCAGACAGUCAGGACUGUUAUAUUGAUGAUAGUUUCCCUACAACAUUGCCAGAAUUGGAUGAAACUAUAAGAGAUGAAAAAAUAAAAAGACUUAAGCAACUAUUGAAAGAAAGAGAAGCAGCUCUUGAAGAAAUUCGUAAAAAGAUGCAACAAAGUUAAAAAUGUAGUUGUUGACUUGAAAGGAUCUUAAUGAAGUGUUUAUUUCCCCCUUCCCCUUGUGGUUUUGUAUAAAUUAUUUAAAUGUACAGGUAAUGUGAAAGUCUUUUUGAAUCUAAAACAUUGUUUUUGUCACUGGAUUAUUGAAUGUGUUUAAAGGAGAUAAAAGAGACUGAAGUAGAACUGUUCGUUCCAAGUUGUUCUAACUUGGAAUAUCUACAUUUUGUCUUAGAUGUGAUUUUUGUAAUGGAAAAUUUGAUACUUUUAUAUCAUUUUCAUUUGAACUUUCCAAGUCUAAGCUUGUACAGUUGUCAUGUUGUGUCUUUUGGAUAUUAACUUUCCAAUAGUUAAUUUUGAUAAGACUCCCCAAAUCCUAUAAUCUGAGCUCUACCACAGAAUUCUCUAGAUAACUUUGGGAAGGUUGCAUAAUGAUUUAUGUGGUCUCCUUAUCUGUAAAAUGAAGAUAAUGAUACCUGUUCUCCUACCUCACUCAUAUAUUGAGGAUUGGAUGAUACAUAUAUUUUUUUACUCCAUGGAAGAAAGGUAUUACAACCUCAAUAUUUAAGUGUUACAGAUUUUUUCUUAAAGAUGAGGAACUUAUAUUUUGUAGCUUUUACCAGAUUGCUUAGUGUAAUCCAAAACAUUUUUGAACCUGGCAUUAGAAUAUAUUGUAUCCUUGAAGUGGGAAUUUCCAUUAUGACUGAGCUAAUGUUUCUUUCUUUUUUUUUUUUCAAAAUACACCUUUUACCUGGAGUGGAAUAUAAAGCAUAGCUUGAUUACUGCACAGUCAUUGCUUUGGAUUAUAAUAAACUUAACUAUGAAGUGCAUUUUUUUAAUUACAAGAAAAAUAUUUUAUAGUUGCUGCUGAAGUAGCCAUUAAUUUUAGAGGAGCUUCAAGCAUUAGGAGGUGGGAAACACUGGAAGUUGUCAUUUUUCACAUGACUACCUUUAGAUCCCUAGGAGGAAGUAUUGGUCUUAGAAUCAUAAAAAAGGCAGGAACUAAUAUAUACCAUAAGUCACAGGAGAAGAUUUUAGUGGUGCUCUUAAAUGAGACAUUAGAAUAGCACCUUUUAGAAGCACUCUUUGCAGUUGUAUGACGGCCAGAAUCGACUAAGAAUAGUAGUAGAGUUAGGGGUUGAACCUAUCUCUACUCCUUCUAUAUUGUUUCUCCUUUCUAUAUCAGUGAAAUCUAUAAAAAGUAUAAUUUGAAGCACUGAUGAAAAAGGGUACCAAUAACUAAUAAGGGCUUAAGAAGUUAUAAUGAGGGAUUUGGAAAGGGAGAGAACCCAGCAAAAGAAACUAAGGUGUAGUAGAAAGAAUGCUGAGCUCUUGUCAGGAGAUCUGGGUUAAAUCCUACCUCAAUUACUUACCAUUGCUAUGUAACCACAGAUAAGUCUCAGAUGUCGUUUUCUUCUUUAAGAUGGUGAUUAUACUUGCAUUGCUUACCGCAAGGUUGGGAGAAAAGUGCUGUGUAAACUUUUAAGUACUAUGUAAAUAUGAAAUAUUAUUAUCAUCUUAUAAUUAGUUUUUGUAGAAGAAGAUGAGAGCCUGGACAUUUUAACAUAUAAUGAGGCCAGUUCUUUCAUUUUCGCUGUGCAGAGUCAAUAAGUACCAUCUCUGCUCCCUCUGUAUCAUUCUAGUAAUAUAGUUUUAGCUCCUUCUCCAGCCCUUGUUAACUUUCCAAAACCUCAAGGGGGGGAGGGGACAGCAAAAAUUGGCAAUAACAACAAUCUCAGUCUGAGGGGUCAUAAAUCUCUCUUGAAACUCUGUGUAAGUUUGACUUUGGAAUAGAGGAUAUGAAGAGAGCAGAGAUGUGCCUCCUUUGUUCAUUCAGUGAAUGUGCUUUUCCCCUGAAUGGGGGAGGGAGGAAUCAAGCAAACCAAUAUUGGAUUAGGUCUAAUUCUGGUGGGAUAACAACUGGAUUGCUGGCAUUAGUGGAUCUGCCACAGCAACAAUCAGUAAGGCCCACUCAUGUCCAUCAGUAACUAGCAGAUGAGUGUACUGUUCUUGCACUUUCAUUUCAGUUAACUUCAUCCUUAGAGCCAGGGUUUUAUAACCUGAUGCCUAUACAUUUUAGGGGCCCUAUGAAUUUAAGAUAGCAAAUAUAUAUGUAUUGUCAAUGUAAUUAAUUUCUAUUGUAAUUUUUUGUAUCUUACUUGAUUGUUUUAAAACAUUAUUCUGAGGACCAGAUUGAGAAAAGGGUCUACAAUACCAAAAAAAAAAAAAGAUUAAGAACCCCAGCCUUAGAAGUAGUUGGAAUAUGGAAAUGGUUCUUUAAAAAAAUACCUAGUGGUUCUAUGACCUUUUAUAUUCACAAGUUCCCUCCCAAUAAGUGUAGAUUACUACUCACAUUCUUGCCCAUCCUGUGCGGUUUUUGUGUUUGCCUCAGGUGGCUCUCUAGUAUUUUGAAAAACUUUGAUUUCUCUUGACAUUUGGAAGGUACCAGUGGAACUCUCUGGUAGUCUACCUGUAAUCCCUUGCUCUUAACUCUAUGACCAGCUCAAUUCCUCCUCCUAGCAUACAAUUCCUCAGUCAUAAUUUUUUCCUGUUCUUUGGAAUUUUUCUAUCUAGUAAUAAGUGAUUUUUGUCAUGGCAACAGAUAAAACAAGCUUUUUUAAAAAACCUGAUAAAUUGUGUUUAAUGCCCUUUUGUUAUUACCUUGCCAGGUUUAUUGAACACCAUUUUAAUAUGUUGCGCCUGUAAUAAACAAAAACAAACCAGCAGGUCAAAAAUAAAUUAUAACAGAAGUAUAUUCAUUAA